AUGGAUUCUGAAUUAGUAUCGACACUUGAUUCAAUAUACAGCAAAGAAGGUGUGAAAGGAGUGUUAGUAGCUGACGAAAAAGGCUUUUGUUUAGGAGUAAGAGGGAUAGCAAGCCCUGAAUCAGCUGCAUUCAUUACAGCCAUUGCAAAUGCAGCCAACCAUCUUGACGAUUAUUCAGACGACAAGGUAGAACAUCCAACCAUAAACGUGGAAUAUGAGGGAAGUCAAGUUGUGGUUCGAAAUGAAGGAUCGUUCACAUUAGCCAUUUUUAUGUAA